AUGUCCACUUUCACCACGCCUUAUAGAAGUAAAGUCUUUGAAUCUGGAACAGGUGUCAAUGCUACAGCUAUAGCACCGGUUGCAUCAGCUAAUAAAGUUCCAGUGACGUAUAAUGAUUAUCUGAAAGUGACUGAUGUUGAUAUUAAUGAACCAUCAAAAUUAGCAAGUAAAUAUGUUGAUGCUUCAAUUUUACGUGAUAAAAUCACACCAAUAUUAGAUGAUACACAAUAUCACAGUAAUGCUGUCAAUUACAACUAUUCCAAUGAACCAAAUGGUCUUGGUGCAUUCACACCUUUUGAAAGAACUGAAAUUAUUGAUAUACCUGAUGAAAUUUUAAAAGAAUAUAAUAAAGUUGAAACUGUUAGUAAUAUGGGUAUUUUCCCAGAAAUUUCAAGAGCAUGGGUCACAAUUGAUAAUAAACUAAUCUUAUGGAAUUUGAAAAAAACUAUGGAAUUUCAAACAUUUGAAGAUAUUGAACAUACUAUAUUGAAAAUUGCAUUAGUUAAACCAAAACCGAAAACUUUCACAGAUUCAAUCAAUUAUCUUUUAUUAAUAUCAACUCCUCAAGAAAUUCAUAUUUUGGGUGUUGGUCAUUCAUCAUCAACAAAUGAUUUAGAAUUAUUCAAUACUGGUAUGAUUAUUUCAACUCAAGGUUUAAGUGUUGAUCAAUUCAUUUCAUUUGAAAAAACUGGUCAAAUUUUCUUUACAGGUGCAGGUGAUGGAUUACAUAUUUGGGAAUUACAAUAUUCAAAUUCUGAAGAUUGGUUAAACAAGAAAUGUAAUAAACGUUGUUCAACAAGAUCAACAGUUUCAAGUUUUGUUCCAGGUUCUUCAAUUAUAAAUUCAAUUGCAAAUUAUUUUACAGAAGAUGAAAAAAACAAUGAAUUGGUCAAACAAAUCCUUGUUGAUAAUUCAAGAAGUAUAUUAUAUACAUUAUCAAACCAAUCUGUUAUUAGAUGUUAUAAAAUCACUGGUAAUGGUACCUUAGAUGAACCAAUUGUUGUUAGAAGAUCACAUAUUUCAACUUUUGCAAGAACUUCAAAUGCUAAAAAUUCUCCAUUAUUAGGAGAAAAAUAUUUAAAGAUUGUUAGUUUACAAGUUGUUUCACGUAAUGAAAAUGAAGAUUUAUUCUUAGUUGCUAUUACAAUUGGUGGUUGUCGUUUAUAUUUAAAUGGUUCAUCAAAUCCACAUAGUGUAACUGCACUAAGAUUAGAAAGUGUUAAAUUCCCACCAACUAAGAUUACUCAAGAACAAAUUGAUACUGAACAAAGAGUUUUCAAAGAACAAGAAGCAUUAAAGGGAACAAAUGGAGGUGUUGUUGGGAAUUCAUUAUUUGGAUUACCAAAUGAUAUUACUACUAGUAAUAAUAAUAAAAAAAUUUCAUCAGAAUUACCAACAAUUUUAUCAUAUCAAAAAAAAUCUUCAGUCUUGUUAGAAUCCAAAUCUUCAAGUAAAAUUAUUUCACCAGGGAUUUUUUUCGAUGUUGUUGAAAAAAAAGAUUCAAAUGAAAAUAAAUUAUUUGUUACAGUACCAGAUUAUGGUAUUUUAAAAUAUCAUAAUCAAUAUGUUGAAAAUUCUACAUUUUUAGAAUGUUCAGGUCAAGUUCAUCAAAUUGUUCCAUUAUCAUCAACUUUUAAUGCAACAGAUAGACCACAAGGUUAUGCAAAUGAAUUUGCAACACAAUAUAUUUCAGGUGAUUUUGAAGUUGCAGUUUUAACAAAUACAUCAUUACAAAUUUAUCGUUUUAGAAAACCAGAUUUAGUUUUUGAAUCAUUAGUUGAAGAUUUUUUACCAUUUGUCAAUAAAUAUGGUAUUAUGGAAUCAACAUCAACUGCAUUAUAUGUUACAUGUAAAUAUAACAUUUCUAAAACUAUAAGAUCAAAUGCAUUUAGUUUUUUCACAUUAGGUAUUCCAAAUAUUGUUGAAUUUAAACCACGUUAUGUUUCUUCAAAUUUUUCAAAUACAUCAUUAAUUAAUUCAGUUUUACAAUCUUCAAAUAAUGGAACAAAUGAAUUUAAAUUUGAAAAUGUUAUAUUAAGUCCAAGAUUUUAUGGUAUUGUUACAUUAAUUGGUAGAUUAUUCCGUGAAAUUUGGGAUAAACAAGUUUUCCAAAUUUCAAAAGAUGUUAAAUAUGAAAAAACUGGUGGUGAAUUAAUUAAAAAUUCAAUUUUUGAAAAUGAAUUUUUAAAUGGGUUAAAUAUUGAUCAAUCACAAAUUGAAUUUUUCUUAAGUUCAAUUAGUGUUUUAAAUGAAUUUUUCCAAACUUAUGGUAAUUCAAUUGCAUGUUUUAUACCACCAAGUAGUUUUAAUAAUAAAAAUUUAGAUAAAUCUGAAGAAUUUGCAAAUCAAGCUGAAAAUAUUGCAAUCAAUUCAAUUAUUAGAUUAAUUAUUUCAAUAAAAGAAGCAUUAUCAUUUCUUGUUGUUUUAUUAAAAGAAGGUGGUGAAUCAGAAAUUUUUUCAAAUGAAAUUGAUAAUGGUCAAGAUGAAAUUUUAAAUUUAAGAGAUAUUUUUAAAUAUUUAUCAUUAGAUGUUCAAAUUUCUUUAUCAAAAUUAAAAUUUAAAGAUUUAUUUUCACCAAAUGAUGAAUCUAAAAACCUUAUUAAAGAAAUUUUAUCAUCAAUAAUUAAUCGUUCAAUGAGUCGUGGUGAAUCAAUUGAAUAUAUUGCUAAAGGUUUACAAGAACGUUGUGGAUCAUUUUGUUCAGCAAAUGAUGUUGUUGGAUUCCGUGCAAUUGAGCAUUUAAGAAAAGCUAAAGAAAUUGGAUUUAAAGAUUAUGAUGGAUUAAAUUAUCAUUUAAGUCGUGCAAUUGAAUUAUUUGAAGCUAUAAAUAAUGAAGUUAGUGUAGAAAAAGUUAAAGAAUCAAUUGAUAUUAUGAUUGGAUUAAAUGAUUAUCCAAGAGCUAUUAAAUUUGCAUUAAAUAUUUCAAAUGCUUUAGAUAAAGGUAAUUUAGCUAAUCAAUAUAUUUUGGAUGGUAAAUUGAAAAAUGAUGAUAGAGUUAAAUAUUAUAAUAAGAGAAUUGAAAUUUUUGAAAUUGUUUUCCAAUUAUUAGAAAAAAUUGAUAAAUUAACAAUUGAAGCCAAUUUUAAUCAACAACAACAACAAGAAGAUGAUUUUGAUAAAUUUGGAUUUUUAGAAGAUUCAAAUAAUAAUUUUAUAACUGAUUUUAUUAAAUUACGUGAUUUUAGUUAUGAAGUUGCAUUUAAAUUUAAUGAUAAAUUAUUUCAUUAUGAAUUUUAUGAUUGGUUUUUAAAACAAGAUAUUAGUGAAAGAUUAUUAGAAAUUGAUACACCAUUUAUUUUGGAAUAUUUAGAAGAAAAAUCACAAGAUUCAUUAGAAAUUUCAGAUUUAUUAUGGAUAUUCCGUUCUAAAAGAUCAAAUUUUUAUGAAGCUGCAUUGAUUUCUUAUUCAUUAGCAUUAAGUGAUUUUAAUAUUUCAUUAAGUCAAAGAAAUGAAUAUUUAAGUCGUGCAAUUGGAUUUUGUAAUUGUACAACAUUACCAAAUCAAAGACAACAAGUUAUUGAAUUAUCAACAUUAAUUGAAGAAGUUUUUGAAGCUUCAAAUAUUCAAUAUGAUUUAUUAGUUUCAAUUUCAUAUGAUCAUCAAUUAAUUGAUUCUAAAAAAGAUGAAUUAAUUGAACAAUUAAAUGGUAAGAUCUUGACAGUUAGUGAAUUAUUUAAUGAUUUUGCAGAUGUUUUAGGAUAUCAUGAAAUUUGUUUAAAUAUUUUUAAAGUUUCAGAUUUUAGAAAUUCAGAUGAAAUUUUAUCAAGAUGGUCAAAAUUAUUUGAAUCAAUUAAAUUUAAUGAAGAGACAGCAGAAUCAGAUAUUAAUGGUGACAAAUUUAUUUCAUCAUUAUAUCAAACUGUUAUAAAAGUUGGUAAAAAAUUAAAUACAUCAGAAUUUGUUUUCCCAAUUAAUGAAUUAUUCCCAAUUAUAAUGGAUUUAAUUAUUGAUAUAAAUAUUGAAUUAUAUCAAUUUGGUGAUUUGAUUAAUAUUUUUUUGGAAAGUGGUGUAUCAUUUGAUAAAUUAUAUUAUAUUUUAAAAGAAUUAAUUGAUACAAAUACAACAGAUGAAAAUUAUAAAUUAUAUACACAAGAAUUGAAAAUAUUAAUUAAAAAAUGGUAUGAUGAAGAUAUUAGAUUAAGAGAAAUAAUAUCAAGUAAUGAUAUUUUACAAUUGACUAAUAGUGAAGAAUAUAAAUUAGAAUUGGAUCCUAUUAAUAAUUAUAUUUUAAGAACUGGUAAUUCAAUAUAA